AGCCAAAAAAUGAUAUAAGGGCUUAGUUGGACGCCAUAAGCUACUAAUCCGAUUAAACAAGGCUGCAUAACCAAUAUUCCUAUCCAACAAUUUCAGCAUCACUGUAAUCUCUAUAUCCUUGAACAGGAUCUAUUGAAUACCUUCCGAAAAUUCUAUAGUCGGGAUGUCGUCAACCAUAGUUUUUGAAACUUCACCUUCUAGAAAUUCAACAUCUCCAUCACUAUCCUUCUCAACAGAUUGCAGCCUUUCAUCUUGAUUAUGUUUCCUUUUUCCCAAUAGCAUCUGCUUCCAAGAAGCCUUUGCUGGUGAAUCCGAGCCAUUUGACGAUAUCGGCCGACUGAGAAUGAGAGGCACUAACAAUUUCCAGAGAAUUCAUGGUCUUUAUAUAUAUAUAUAUAUAUAUAUAUAAGUUUACCUUAAAAAAACACAAAUCCCAUAUUAAAGAGUAGCCUUUUUCUCGAAAAGAAAAACAACAGUAACGGACAAAAACAUUAAUCUAACGCUCAAAAUGAGAGCGCUGCUUACUCCAGAACCUACACUCUGUUUCUCUUCAAUCCAAAUCAACUCUCGCAAUCCUAAUCCAUCCCGAACUUGGACCUCGCUUCAUUUCUUGAAUAUGGAUGGCCGCCACCGUUUGGUAUGACGUAAACCGCGUUUCGUCGCCACGAGAGCUGUUCUGGACUCUGCAACUAUCGAGCAGUUAGGGCUUAAAGAAUCCGAUACUAGAAACCCGUCGCUUUCUUCAACAUAUCGAAACUCUAAGUUGCUGAAGCCGAACCAGACGGUGCUUGAAGCUCAAGCUCGGGUUUGUACUGGCCCCACUCAGACAAGACCGCUCUCCGAGGAGCAGACGUUUAAGGUUUUGGACACCAUUUUAAGAUCAGUUAGGGGAGAACUGAAAGAUGAAGAACAAGUCUCGAAAGCACAACUUGGAGCAUUCUUUGCUGGAAUGACAAUCCGUGCAAAUGCUUUUCCCGAAGCAACACAAUGGAGUGAAGGAGAAAGGUGUGCAAUGAAAAAAUUUUGUCCGCUUCUUGUACGAGCACUACCACCUGAUGUUAUCUUCAUUGCUGAUCCUGAAGGGUCUAUAAUGGGAUUAGGAAGUGCGGUAGGGCCACAAUUUGUUGGGAAUGGCACGAGUGAAAUGAGAUUGGUUGGUGCACUUAGAGAAAUUUUGGCUGGAGGUCACCUAGGAUAUGAGGAAAUCCAAGGUGUUCUUAAAGAUGUUCUCACAUUGAAAUUGGAAGAUGGAAAAUCCAAUGGAAUUAGUGAAUCAUUGCUUUCAGCAUUCUUAAUUGGUCAGCGUAUGAACAGGGAAACAGAUCGUGAACUUAAGGCAUACUGCCUUGCAUUUGAUGAACUUGGUCCUGCUCCAGUUGCUGAUGUUAGAUCCUUAACUCAUUAUGGUGAGCCUUAUGACGGAAACACACGAUACUUUAGGAGCACAUUGUUUGUUGCUGCAGUUAGAUCCUGUUAUGGUGAAUCUUCCUUGCUUCAUGGUGUGGAAUGGAUGCCACCUAAGGAGGGUGUAACUGAAGAACAAAUGCUGAAGUUUAUGGGAGCAAAGACAAACUUAUCCUUGCAUCAAGGAAAAAAAAUUAUUGAAGCUGAGGAGGUUGGUUUUGCUUACAUAAGUAAACGUGAAGCUCGCCCAUCUUUAUAUUCACUGAUUGGGUUGAGGGAGCAAAUAAAGAAACGUCCAUCACUGGCAACAACUGAAAAGGUUCAGCAAUUUAUUAGGGCAAAGGGGAGGGAAUCAAUUGUUGCUGGAUUCUAUCAUGAAGGUUAUGAGGAACCAUUGUUAAUGCUUAUGAAAAGAAGAGAUGUUCAUUCUGGUUUAGUAGUGAAGGGUGAAGAAGGUGCCCUCUCAAUGACAACUAGGUUGCGAUCAGCAAGCACAUCAAAAGGACUUCCUGUGAACCAUUGUUCUGGUUUUCGUUCGGUAGGCAUAGAAUCAGCUUGUGAAAUGGAUGGUGUAUCACGUCAGAGUUUCAGGCUUGAGGUUAAUGCAAUGGACUAUGGUUUUGAACCAACUGAUACUCCAAGAACCAAUAGAUCGGUAUCGAAGAAUAUCGAGUUGGGUUUGGCAGCUCUUCGAGGUGAAAAAGGGCCGGCAUAUGACCGGAUUGUUUUGAAUGCUGGAAUUGUGGAUCAUUUACUAGGAUGUGAUGGUGCAGAAGACGUGUCCUUAGCUUUGGAAAGAGCCAAAGAAGCCAUUGACAGUGGUAAGGCCCAUAAGAGGCUCCUAAAUUAUAUAAAGAUGUCGCACAAAGUAAAAUAAUGAACUUGUAUGAAGCACUGCCUGCUUCUCUCUCGCAUUUUUUUGGUCUUUUUCUUAAUUAGAGGAGAGAAAGUGGUCUUUUACUGAUAUCUUUCUUAUUUCUGUUUUUUGAUAGCAUUAAAAUUUUGUACCAUCUAAAAAUUAGUUGCAAAUCCAAUGUCAUUGAUUAA